AUGACCGACACAAAGGGAGAAGGAUCUGUGGCUUUGACCGCAUCACCCCCAACAUCUAGCGCCCAGCGCGUCCCACCCCCGAGACACCAGAGGCCAUUCAAACACGAUUCAGGGGCACAUCUGCCAAUCCAGGAUAUGGUGGACUGGGCUGAUGGCAAGGCUUGUCGUCCUGUCUUCCCUCUCGAGAUCCAUGUCGCUACACCAGCAAUGCAAUUGUCUGAAUCUCAGCAUCUUCUCCGCACAACACAGCAUUCCCUCGACGAUCUCAACGAGUUCGCCGCUCACCACCUCCGGCUUAAAUUAGCGAACUACACCGGUUCUUCGACCGUACAAAAUGGCGAAUAUAUCUCAGACAGUGUCCACAAUGGAGCUUUCGAGGGAGGGGAUAUCGCAUUAACUGUUCGCGUUCUCCCCGAGGAGGGCCUGUCUGCCCCCAGAUCUGAAUUGCAUUCGGAUACUACUCAGCUUGAUAUAUUCUACCCCCCAAGCCAGGUCCCUGCGCCGUCUUCUUCCAGCCCACCCCUCUCCGCGUACAUUGCAGAAGAACUUCAGCGACUUUACGGGGAGGAAAAAGCCACUAUUGCUUACAUCCUCUCGGGAGAAACUACCGGACUUGAUUCGGUCCCCCCUCAACUAGCAGAGAGUAUCGGCCGACGGUUGCGCCGCUCGAUGAAGUACGCGGAUACCUAUCAUUUAUCAUUUUCUUUAUUCACGCCAGGCCCUCAGCCCUCAUCCUGGGAUAUUGAAGCUGCUGUUCAGGAGUACCUAAGUCCUCUCCUCCAUGCAUUUGCUCCUAUUAGCAACUUUACCGUCGAUACCCAAGUCCAGCUGUAUGCGACAUUUUCCCCCAUGGCACCACCACCUGUCUACGAUGAGACUGAAGCGGCAUGGACUCUGAAGAAAGAGGAUCUAAGUGCAUUCAUCAACGCUGCCGAGUGGCCACUGAAUCCUAGUAUUGGCAGCGGACCUACUCUCAACUUCAUUCUCUAUGUCCCGGAUCCGUCGCAGGCGCCGCUGGUUGUUAAAGAGAAUCGGGCCUCUAGCUGGAUUGUUCCGCAAUGGGGUGGCGUGUUUCUUCUCAAUCCAUCACUUGCCCAAACCGAAGGAGACACUAUCAAAACCAACCCUGACCAUCUUUCUCAUGAAUCAUUGAGGCCUGCAUUCAUGACAUUCUCCCACCAACUAUUAACCCUACUUGGCACCCCUACAACUCCAUCCUCUCUGCCUCUUCGCCUGCAAACACUGAUCCGUGUUCGGGCUGCCGCUCUUCUCCUUUCUGCCUCAUCUACCAUGGGCUCUCUUGCCCGUCUCACAGAAUCUCUCCCAUCCAUCCCCAUCCCUGCUACCGUAGCAACCUCAGUCUCUACGACUCUCUCACAUCUUUCUGCUACUUGCUCCCACCUUCGUGAGGGCCAAUUCGAAGCUGGACUAGCCACGGCUCGAAUCGCAGAAAAAGAGGCUGAGCGCAGCUUCUUCGAGAAGAGUAUGGUCGGCCAGGCGUACUUCCCAGAUGAGCACAAGGUUGCUGUGUAUCUACCACUGCUAGGACCCAUUGGCGUUCCCUUAGCCGUGGGUUUAUUGAAAGAACUGAAACGAAUUGUUGCAUCGUGGAAAGCCCAAAGGCGCUCCACAUAG